CACUCAUCGCUCAUAAGGUUCUCAAAACGUCCGACUUCCAACUCAGUCCCCGUUCUUCUUUUUUUUCGGUUUUUUAUUUUUUAUUUUUUUACCCUUUUUUUUUUUGUGCUGUUCUCUCUGCUUCCGUCAUCAUGGCUACGACUACCCCGACUGCGAAUACGACCACUUCGACAGCUCCAUUCACCAUUGUCAAGGAAGGCCUGUUGUACAAGCGAGGCGAGUUCAUCAAGACAUGGCGCCCGCGUUACUUCCAACUGUGCAGCGACGGCUCGUUCCGCGGCUUCAAGGAGUCCAAGCCAGUCGCUGACGAAGAGCCGCUCAACCUGUUCCACGUCUCCAACUGCCGCAUCAAGCUCGCAGACAAGAUCAAGAAGACGGCCUUCACCAUCACCUUCUUCCAGCUCACCUCGUACAUUGAGCGCAUCUUUUACACGGAGACCAAGGAGGACCGCGAGGACUGGAUCAAGCACAUUCGCUCCAUCGCCGACCGGCUCCAGGACGAGCAGGCCAAGUCGCCCGAGCCGUCCGAGGCGUCUGCAGACAAGAAGCUCAACCUGGAAGACUUUGAGAUUCUAAAAGUCCUCGGCCGCGGCACCUUUGGCAAGGUAGUACUUGCCCGCAAGAAGGACACGCGCGAAAUUAUGGCCAUCAAGAUUCUCAAGAAGGAGGUCAUCAUGGCCAAGGAUGAGGUUGCACACACCAUGACCGAGAACCGAGUUUUGCAGAAGGUUCGCCAUCCUUUCCUCACAGAACUAAAAUAUAGCUUCCAAACGGAGGAUCGACUGUGCUUUGUCAUGGAGUACGUCAACGGAGGAGAGCUCUUCUUCCAUCUCUCGCGUGAGCGCAAGUUCCCAGAGGAGCGUGCCAAGUUCUACGCUGCCGAAAUCCUCUUGGCAAUCACGCAUCUUCACGACCUAGACAUUGUUUACAGAGAUUUGAAGCUCGAAAAUUUGCUCAUCGACAAGGAGGGCCACAUCAAGAUUACCGACUUUGGUCUGUGCAAGGAAGAUGUCGGCUUUGGAAACACGACCAAGACCUUCUGCGGCACGCCCGAAUAUUUGGCACCCGAGGUGCUCGAGGACAACGACUAUGGCCGCGCAGUGGACUGGUGGGGCCUUGGUGUUGUCUUGUACGAGAUGCUCUGCGGCCACCUGCCCUUCUACAACCGCGACCACGAGGUGCUCUUUGAGCUCAUCCUCAAGGAGGAGAUCAAGUUCCCUUCGUCCCUCAGCCCUGCCGCUGCCUCGCUCCUGGCGCAAUUGUUGCAAAAGGAUCCCAAGAACCGCCUCGGCAAUGGAACGCGCGACGGCCGCGAGAUUAUGGAGCAUCCCUUCUUUGCCAACAUCAACUUUGACGACAUGUACAACCGUCGCGUGCCUCCGCCCUUCCUGCCCAAGGUUGCAUCGGAUAUCGACACGAGCAACUUUGACGCCGACUUUACUUCGGAAUCCACGCAACUCACCCCGCCAGAAGAGAGUGCGCUGAGAAAGACUGCUGACGCUGAGUUCCAGAACUUUACCUUUGUCGCCGACAGCACAUUGAAGCAGCAGUAAAGAAAAAAACCGCAAAGGCAUGACGACGCAUGUUACAACACUCACAAAAAAAAGCAAGCCAAGUCUACUCUUCCCCCUCCCUCCCUCUCCCAAGCGAAAAAAAAAAAUCGAAAAAAAAAAAGUUCUAGCGCUUGAUUUCUGCUUUUUCUCAAUGCAAAGAACUUUGCUCUGCCCUUGAUGGACAUUAUGUUGCAUGUUUAUCGCUGUUGCUGUUGAUUGUGUUGUUGUUGUUGUUGUUGUUUUUGUUUUUGUGUGUCUGGGUUGCGCUCUCACCUAGCGUGAACUGACCGGCUUCGUUUCUGUAUCUCUUUGCAUGCUGUUGCUUUCUGUGUUCCUCCCGCUUCCUUUUUGCCUUUAUUUCAGUGUGUCUGUUUUGUUGCAAAUCCAUUGUGUCAAUCAUCAUCUGAGUUGUUUCGAACUGGGUUUUUGUUUUUGUUUGUUUGUUUGUUUUUCCAUCGCAUCAUCCACAUUGUUG